CAGAUAUUGUGACUUAUGUGAAAAUUUGUAUUUUUUAAAUGUAGCAAUUUUAAAAUGUAAAUGCAGUCCUAUAGCACUUUUAUGUAGCACUUUUCAUACACAUUUUUAGUAAAAGACAGCAUGCUGCCUCUUUAAAAAAAGCUUAAUUAAGGCUAUUAUAACUAUUAUAGUUUUUAUUUAUGCAAGUUUAGUAAGAAGUGCGUUUCUCUCAUAUAAAGCAGAAAAGGGACGAGUAAAUGGCGGUCUAUUAAGGAAAUGGAGAGACCUGGGUCUCUGGGGGGCAAAUAGAGGGAGAGGCAUGCAAAUAAUAAGGGGAGGGAACAUGUCAACUAAAAGUUCAUCUAAAGACGUAAAAUUAAAGAACGAGACCGUUUCCAUCAUUCAGCACACACGGUUUGAGCCUGGACUUCUGUUUGCGGCACACAACACACAUUUACAAUGGCUGACAUGGUGUUGGGGUCCAUUACGAAUUUCUUCGUCUAUGAAACAGCCAAAUCUGUUGUGGUGAAGAGCUGGACUGUGGGAAUCAUCAACCGUGUUGCUCAGCUUCUAAUUAUUCUGUACUUCAUCUGUUGGGUAUUUCUGCACGAAAAAGCAUAUCAGGAUCGAGACACAGGAAUCGAGUCUACAGUCAUGACUAAAGUCAAGGGCUUGGGCACCUUGAACGACCAAGUGGUGGAUGUAGCAGACUACGUAUCUCCACCACAGGGCUCUUCAACAUUCUGCAUUAUUACCAAAAUGAUCAUCACAGCCAAUCAGACGCAAGGACGAUGCCCUGAGAGUGAAAAGAGAUUCUCAUGCUCGACUGAUGCUAACUGCACUGACCGAAGUGACGCACAUUUAGCCAAUGGUAUGCUAACAGGCAGAUGUUUGAACAAUGACUCCUCUGAUGGACAGUGUGAAAUUCAAGGCUGGUGUCCUGCAGAGAAUGACCAGCAAAGAGUGAAUCCAAUGAAAGAGGUUGAAAACUUUACUAUCUUGAUCAAAAACAGCAUCCGCUUUCCUCGGUUUAAUGUCAGUAGGGGAAGUAUCGACUCUGAAUUAACCCCUUCAUAUAUGAAGACCUGUAAUUAUGAUGCCGUGGAGAAUACCAACUGUCCCAUAUUUAAAGUGGGAUAUAUCCUGGAUCAAACCAAUCAAACAAUCAUUAUUGAAACAGGAGGAGAGAUUGGUAUUAACAUAGCCUGGAAGUGCAAUCUUGACCACGACGAGAAGAACUGCAAACCUCAAUUCUCCUUCACACGCUUGGAUACCGAAUCCAAAGUCUCCAAAGGCUACAACUUCAGGUUUGCUAAAUACUACAAGUCUGCGGCUGGGUCUGAAUAUCGAACUCUUCAUAAAGCCUAUGCCAUCCGUUUCGAAAUAAUUGUGUCAGGCAAUGCAGGAAAAUUUAGCACUGUGCCAUUUAUGAUUAAUUUUGUUGCUGCGUUGACAUCAGUGGGACUGGCUGCUGUGUUCUGUGACCUCAUCCUUCUCAACUUCCUUAAAGGGGCUGACGUGUACAAAGCAAAGAAAUUUGAAGAGGUAUCAGAAGUCAUCCAGUCACCCGGUGACAAACUCCACAAGAGCAGCCAAAUGUCCAUUAAAUCCUUAGUAAAGAGAUCUAAUGACUCGGGAAACUUUUCUAUUGGACAACAGGAGGCGACACGAAAUGUUAACCAAAAUGAUAUCUAA